AAACAUGAUGAACCAAUCAGCCCUAUGGGAAUUUCUCCUCCCAGCUAGCGUCAGCUACAUCUGUGUCUGUCAGGGAGGACAGUAGUAUUAGCAGGGAUCAAGCAUCAUCUCUUUUCCUCUCUGCCACAGACACUGACUGAGAUCCAACUUCACUGAAAGGGAGUGAGCGUCACCAGCUAGUCCACAGCAGUUCAGGGGGAAAGUUCACCCCUCCUCUUUCUCUCUCUCUCUCCUCAUCAGAAACCUUCCUCUACUCCUCUAGAGCAUUGGUUAAUUCACAAAUAACAAAGUAAGGAUACCAUGCAACUUGUGGAUAAUUUUCUUCAUUGGACUGCUACGUUGACUGAUUUCUCUACAUUUUUUCUCUCCGAAGAGAUGUCCUCUCCUCUGUUGUCAAUGUCUGAGCGGUGACAACUAAAGCCUUCAAUUUCCUGACAUACAAUAUUACUCUACACUCUGGGAUCUAUAUAUCUGGACUUCUGUAGCAUGUUGGGAUACUGUCAGUUAGAUUUCUCAUCCGCUGUGACCUCAUCCUCAUGCUCUUUCCCAGGGUUGUGAUUACACUUUUCAGCCCUGAGAUUAACCUUGAGAGUUCAGAGCAAAACAAAGGGAUUAAAUAUUAACUGGGAGAAUCUAUCUUCACACAUCAAGCAGAUCCUGCUGUCACACUGAAGGCAACGGGGCUUGGCCGCUUGGAUAGUGAAAGUCAACUGAUAGCCUACUCAAGAUGGCAUACCCAACAGAUUACUCUCUCAUAGCCAUACCACUCAUACCACAAUAAGGACAACGUUAGAGAAACAACAUGGAAGGUGGGGGAAUACAGAACUUAUCCAUAAAUGGCAAUGCAUCAGACAUCCACCCUGUCACACACAGUCUAUGGGAGGUCAUAACCAUAGCAACUGUGUCGGCCAUCGUGAGCCUGAUUACGAUAGUGGGGAACGUCCUGGUGAUGCUGUCGUUUAAGGUAAACAGCCAGCUGAAGACAGUCAACAACUACUACCUGCUGAGUUUGGCUGUAGCUGACCUCAUUAUAGGUGUGUUCUCUAUGAACCUCUACACCUCCUACAUACUGAUGGGAUACUGGGCACUGGGGAGUGUGGCUUGUGACCUCUGGUUGGCUUUGGACUACGUGGCCAGUAAUGCGUCAGUGAUGAACCUGCUGGUCAUCAGUUUUGACCGGUACUUCUCCAUCACCAGACCCCUGACCUACAGAGCCAAGCGCACCCCCAAACGGGCUGGGGUCAUGAUAGGAAUGGCCUGGCUGGUGUCCCUCAUCCUGUGGGCCCCUCCCAUACUGUGCUGGCAGUAUUUUGUGGGGAAAAGGACAGUCCCUGAAAGGCAGUGUCAGAUCCAGUUCUUCUCGGAGCCAGUGAUAACAUUUGGGACAGCCAUUGCCGCGUUUUACAUCCCAGUGUCAAUCAUGACCAUCCUAUACUGUCGGAUCUACAAGGAGACGGAACGUCGCACCAAGGACCUCGCUGAGCUCCAGGGCAUCAACAGUUCCACAGACGCUGGUACCACCAAGCCCCAGAAAACCAUCAUUAGAUCCUGCUUCAACUGCAAGCAGCUCAGCUCUGCCUCCCGGGACAGAACCCAGGCCUCCUGGUCCUCCUCCAACAGGAGCAAUGCAGCCAAAUCAGCAGCAGCCACAAACGAAGAGUGGUCCAAGAGUGACCAGCUGACCACCUUCAACAGCUAUGCCUCCUCGGAGGACGAGGAGCGGCCCGUGUCCCCGGGGGUCUUUCAGCCCACCUGCCGGAACCAGGAGUGUAGGCAGAGCACGGGUGCAGAAGGCUGUGAUAAAGAACAGCUCAGCAGUUAUGAGGAGAACAACUUCUUCCACACGCCACCAAAGACCAACUCCCAGAAGAGUAAGAAGUGUGUGUCCUACAAGUUUAAACCAGUUCCCAAAGACACUACCAGCGGUGCUCAGCAAAGCAAGAACGGGGACACUAACAUGGCCCCAUCAUCUUUCUCUUCAGCCGACUCCAUGAGUGCCCCACCCUCCACCUCCUCCUCCAAGCCAAUAGACACCACUCUGAAGAUUCAGCUGACCAAGAGGAAGAGGAUGGUGCUGAUUAAAGAGAGGAAGGCUGCCCAGACUCUCAGUGCUAUCCUGCUGGCCUUUAUCCUGACGUGGACACCAUACAACAUCAUGGUGCUCAUCUCCACCUUCUGCUCUGACUGUAUCCCUGUGUCUCUCUGGCACCUGGGCUACUGGCUCUGCUAUGUCAACAGUACAGUCAACCCAAUGUGCUACGCCCUCUGUAACAAGACCUUCCAGAAGACCUUCCGCAUGCUGCUGCUCUGUCAGUGGAAGAAGAAGAGAGUGGAAGAGAAACUUUACUGGUACGGGCAAAACCCUGUAGUGAGCAGCAAGCUAACAUGAGCCAUUCACACCUUCCUUACAGAGGAACGAGUAU